AUUCUCGAGCAUAUUUGGAAAUAUUCUUGCUAAUGGAUUUCCUUCUUAUCGGUCUCUGUUUAAACUGGCUGCUGAGGAAGCCCCCGGGGUUGAUAUUGUGUACGCUGGGUAUCUUUUCUAAAAUGCUUCCAGCCGUGAAUAGUGGGUGUCCACAGCUAUGUCGGUGUGAGGGCAGGCUUUUGUACUGUGAAUCACUGAAUCUCACAGAGAUGCCUCGCAACCUGUCGGGCAUGAUGGGCUUGUCUCUGCGGUACAACAGCCUUUCAGAGCUGCAUGACGGACAGUUCACAGGGUUAAUGCAGCUCACGUGGCUCUAUCUGGAUCACAAUCACAUUUGCUCAGUAGAGGGGAAUGCCUUUCAAAAAUUGCGGCGAGUUAAGGAGCUCACCCUGAGUUCCAACAAAAUCACCCAACUGCCCAACAACACGUUCCGACCCAUGCCAAACUUGCGCAGUGUGGAUUUAUCGUACAACAACCUGCAGUCUCUGGAGCCCGACCUAUUUCACGGGCUGAGAAAACUCACGACUUUGCACAUGCGGUCAAACGCCAUCAAGUUUGUGCCGGUGAGAAUUUUUCAGGACUGUCGCAGCCUGAAGUUUCUAGACAUAGGAUACAAUCAGUUAAAGAGCCUGGCUCGAAACUCUUUCGCGGGCUUGUUUAAGCUCACCGAGCUGCACCUCGAGCACAAUGACUUGGUGAAGGUGAAUUUAGCCCACUUCCCCAGGCUCAUCUCCCUGCACUCGCUCUGCUUGCGACGGAAUAAAGUCACCAUCGUCGUCAACACUUUGGACUGGAUAUGGCAACUGGAAAAACUGGAUCUCUCUGGCAACGAAAUCGAAUACAUCGAACCUCACGUCUUCGAAAGCGUGCCUCACCUCAAGUCCCUGCAGCUGGACUCCAACCGGCUGACCUACAUCGACUCGCGCAUCCUGGACUCCUGGAAGUCUCUCACGAGCAUCAGCCUGUCGGCCAACACCUGGGACUGCGGCCGCAACGUCUGUGCCCUGGCCUCAUGGCUGAGCAACUUCAAGGGCCGCUACGACAGCAACCUGCUCUGUGCUACACCCGAGUACGCGCAGGGCGAGGACGUUUUGGAUGCAGUCUAUGCUUUCCACCUGUGCGAGGACACAGUCGACCCCACCAGUGUCAACACCCUGUCCCCUGUGACCAACAACAGCGACCAAAUGUUUGGCUACGGUUCGGCCGCCGCCACGGCCUACGUGCCGGAGGCCGACGAGGAGCCGACGACGUACGCCAUCACCGUGACGCUGCCCGGCGAAGGCGCGGAGAACGCCGUGCAGAUUCACAAGGUGGUGACGGGGACCAUGGCACUGAUUUUUAGCUUCCUCAUCGUGGUUUUAGUGUUGUACGUCUCUUGGAAGUGCUUUCCAGCCAGCAUAAGGCAGCUAAGACAGUGCUUUGUAACACAGCGCAGGAAGCAGAAGCAGAAACAGACCAUGCAUCAAAUGGCUGCCAUGUCAGCCCAGGAGUAUUAUGUUGAUUACAAACCCAACCACAUCGAGGGAGCCCUGGUGAUCAUUAAUGAGUACGGAUCUUGCUCCUGUCACCAGCAGCCAGCAAGGGAGUGCGAGGUGUGAUUUGCCUUGGGGAUUUACACAGUGUGCAACCAAAUAGCGGCGCGCAGACGGGGAGCAGAGUGGGGGGUUUGUGGGGCUUUGCUGAGGAUUUCGUGGGCACUCCUCUGCUGAAAUCACAGGAGGAGCUGUCGGCAGAACUUGAUAUUUUAGCUUUAUCAUGUCUUAAAAUCUUCAGGACAGCCAAUCUUAAGAUUUCCUAUGCUAAUACUCCCUUUGAAGAUCUGUCAAUAUUCAGGAAACUGAGAGUGUAAAAAAGGUACUGAUUAUUGAUCUUUUGUAAACUAAGGAAAAUGUUUAAAAUAAAAAAAAAUAGCAUUUACAGUUUUUACAGACUGGUGUAUAUUACCUGAAUUGUUCCCUGUAUACAAAAUGCAACAGUUUAACCUUUUUUUCUCUUCAUACUGAGUGUUGAACCGAAAGCCUGGGAGCAAAGAAGCCACAUCAAAUAGGCUGAUAAAAAUUAACCCAAUGGCUUCCCGUUGUAAUUAGUGCACAUUCACUUCCAUCAUUUUACUGGUGAUAUGAAGCAUGACACCAGAAUUCUAUUUGUGUUCCUGCGCUACCUGUAACUGGAUGUUAGUGCAGCCAGUGCACUCCAGAGGGGCUGAAGUUCUGCCCAUGCCCUAGGACUGCGUGUCAAAGGGGUUUUUAAGCACAGCUCACUUGUAUGUUGCUGUAAGA